CCUCACUCAACUCCAGAAGCUGUGGAAAAAUAGGGACUAUAACUUGUGGGUUCUGGCCACGGCAUAAUCCCCGGGAUGAUGAUAAUUGGAAGAUAAUUAGGAAAAGGCUUAUGUGUACUCACCCAACGAUGUGUGGUUGGAGUGAAAACCUGGGGAUCACUGUGGCUGAACCAAUUUUAGAGAUUCCUGAUAGUACGAACUGGCCAUUACUGACCCAGAAGACUUGGACCAGCUCCGCAACGCCAUCUCCUCCAAAGGAGCCCUCAUUGGUAGACACGAGGAGAUGCUUUGUGGUCUGAUGGAAGGGUUCCAGGACGUGGCCAAACUUCAUGGCCUAGCAUUGGAUGCUUUGCGUGAGUAAUUCCGUGGGUUGCCUACUAGGCAGCCUACCACCGCGGUAACCUCCCAGCCCCUCAGUAACUCGGCUGGUAGCAGCACUGUCACCCCAGUUUCCCGGGAACCCGCUUACCUCCCCCGGAGUGCUUACAAUGGAGAUUCCAGAACCUGCCGGACCUUAAUAUCCCAGUGCUCCCUCGUUUUCGAGCUGCAGCCUUCUUCUUUCCCCUCAGACCACUCGAAGAUGGCGUACAUUAUUACGCUGAUGUCCGGGAGGGGACUCACCUGGGCCACGGCAUUGUGGGAGCAACAAUCUGUCGUCUGCUUCAGUUGUUUUGUAGCGGAGGUGAGAAAGGUUUUUGAGGCUCCGGUGUCCGGAAGUGAGGCUGCCCGGAAGUUACUCCAGCUUCUGCAGGACUCCAUCAGUGUGGCAGACUAUGAACCCAGAAGUUGCUCGAGCUUCGGCAGGACUCCCUCAGUGUGGCAGACUAUGCGCUGGAGUUCCGCACGCUGACAGCGGAGGGUACGUGGAACCCGGAAGUGCUGUUCAACAUGUUCCUGCACGGAUUAAAGGCGGGGGUAAGGGACGAGCUUGCAGCCCGGGAACUACCGAUGGAUCUCGACUCACUCAUCGCCUUAACCAUCCGGCUCCAUUGAUGGUUUCGGGAACGUAGGAGGGAGAAGAGGUCUGAUUGCAGUCACUCAAGGAUCCCACUUUGCAUCUGAUGAACUUCAGAAGUCCUCAAGAGGAUUCGAGCUUACCCAAGUUUCUCCAAGAGCCUCCGAAGACUGCCGAGGCCGGGUCACAGUCUCGUUACCCAUCGCGCCACAAAAGCCACAGCCCUUGCAGAGCAAGGGGAACAACUACUUCAGGUCUCAGAGCGAGUGACGUCACCGAUUUGAAACGCUAUUAGCACGCACCACCGCUAACCAGCUAGCCAUUUCACAUCGGUUACAGAUAGUCACUUCACCCCCACCAACAGUAGUGGCCAAAAGUUUUUAGAAAGGUCAUGUAAUGAGUAGUGUGAUUGUUAAUGGAAAAUAAUUAGACAAUUUUUUUCGUUACUGCGUCCAUGUAUAUAGGCUACAAGUACAUUGAAAUUAUGCUCUUUGCAAGUCUUUCAAACAAGCCCUAAAAAAUAUAUAUUUUAAACUUUCACUUUCAACCGAAACGCCCGUAGAAGGACGUAUUUUUAUAGGUGUCUUUUCAACGACAUGAAACAUACGUCUUUUCAACGUUCACUUUCAACCAAAACCGAAGGUAUAUUAACCGUCGGGCAAAAUCGUCUUUUCAACGUUUUUUUUAACGAGUUUGCUGUGUGGGAUACCGGAGACGCGUUGGUUGUCCAUUUUGGUGAGGAGGCCUGCAGGCAGCUGCAGUAAGCCACCAUGUCCAUGGCCCAGCAGCAGAACCAGGUGAUCCUCCAGUUCCACUUCGGAACCUUCGGAGACUCCAUGCUGCAGAAGAUGAACCUGCUCCGCCACCAGACCAGAUUCUGUGACGUCACUGUGCGCAUCAAUGACCUGGAGGUCCCAGGUCACAAGGUGGUGUUGGCAGCCGGAUCUCCCUUCCUCCGGGACCAGUUCUUUCUGCAGGACUCAUCCACGAGGGAGGUCCAGAUCUCCAUGAUCCAGGAGGCGGAGGUAGGCCAUCAGCUGCUCCUGUCCUGCUACACGGGAACCCUGGAGUUGCCUGAGAUAGAGCUGGUCAACUACCUAACUGUGGCCAGCUUCCUCCAGAUGGGCCACGUAGUGGAGCAGUGCACCCAGGCUCUCAAGAAGUUCAUCCAGCCGCGACCCUGCCAGGUAAAACAGCAGCCUCGGGAGGAGGAAGAAGAUGGAGAGACUCUCAGAGCCUCUCAUGCCCAGAGACUACAGGAGCUGCCCCAAGCACAGGUAGUGCAUUGUGAGGUGGAGGAGGAUGAUGAAGACGAUGAUGAUGAUGUGACAAUUCAGCUGAUGACCCCUCCCCAGAGGCAGAAGCGAGACAGGAGUGAGGGCGAGGAGAGCCCCAUCACCAUCGUAAAGGUGGAGUCCGUGUGUGAGCGGGUGUCUGAGAUGUCUGAACGCCCCUCUACCUCCACCGCAGUGCGCUUCCCGACCAGCCCCCCAUUGUCGAUACACUCCCCCGAGCCCCAGCACUCCCUCAUCAACUCCACAGUGGACACCCGGGCUAGCGAAAUGACCAUGCCACCCAUGCCAGGAUACCCACUCAGCCCCCUUCCACUACCCACCUCAGCCACAGGGAGACCCAAUCUGGGGGGGCACCUACGAAACUCAGACAAAUCCCUUCAGUGGUACCACCAGUGCCCAAAGUGUGCCCGCGUGUUCCGCCAGUUAGAGAACUACGCCAACCACCUCAAGAUGCACAAGAUGUUCAUGUGCCUGCUGUGUGGCAAGAUGUUCACCCAGAAGGGUAACCUGCACCGUCACAUGCGGGUCCACGCUGGCAUCAAGCCCUUUCAAUGCAAGAUCUGUGGCAAGACCUUCACUCAGAAAUGCUCUCUCCUGGACCACCUGAACUUACACAGCGGAGACAAGCCCCAUCGCUGUAACUACUGCGACAUGGUGUUUGCCCACAAGCCCGUGCUCCGCAAACACCUCAAACAAAUCCAUGGCAAGAACAGCUUUGACAACGCCAACGAGAGGAGCCAACUACACAACGGGAUUCUGGACUUUGAGUAUGGGCGUCUGCAGGACUGUAGCAUGGACAAUAGCAUGGACAAUAAGCCAGUUCUUGUGGGUGACUCUCUGUAGCACUGUAUCACUUCACAAAUCAAUAGCUUCGUAGUAGUGUUAGCUGAAUUGUAAACCACACUGUAAGGUACUUGAAGGUAUAACACUUAAUACUAGAAGAAGAGUUACUGUAAAAUGAGUACCAAAAAUAUGAACUGAAAUUAUUUGUCCUCAUGAGUAUUGUUUUGGCUAAGGAAGCCUACAGUAGAACCAAAGUGAUGAUAGUGUGUCUGUAGAACAUGUGUUUUUAUUGUCAAUGAUGCCUCUUUUGGAAAUGGGGUAGACGAUAUACACUACUGUUCAAAAGUUUGGGGUCACUUAGAUAUGUCCUUGUUUUUGAAAGAAAAGCAAAUUUUUUUUGUCCAUUAAAAUAACAUCGAAUUGAUCAGAAAUACAGUGUAGACAUUGUUAAUGUUGUAAAUGACUAUUGUAGCUGGAAACGGCGAAUAUUUAAUGGAAUAUCUAUAGUUGAAGUCGGAAGUUUAAAUACACCUUAGCCAAAUACAUUUCAACUCAGUGUUUCACAAUUCCUGAUAUUUAAUCCUAGUAUAAGUCCCUGUUUUUAUGGUGGAUUUGGAGCAGUGGCUUCUUCCUUGCUGAGCGGCCUGUCAAGUUAUGUUGAUAUUGGACUCAUUUUACUGUGGACAUAGAUACUUUUGUACCUGUUUCCUCCAGCAUCUUCACAAGGUCCUUUGCUGUUGUUCUGGGAUUGGUUUGCACUUCUCACACCAAAGUACGUUCAUCUCUAGAAGACAGAACACAUUUCCUUUCUGAGCGGUAUGAUGGCUGCGCGGUCCCAAUAGUCAUACUAUUGUUUGUACAGAUGAACGUGGUACCUUCAGGCAUUUGGAAAUUGCUCCCAAGAAUGAACCAGACUUGUUUUGAUUUUUCCGUGAUGUCAAGCAAAGAUGCACUGAGUUUGACAGUAGGCCUUGAAAUACAUCCACAGGUACACCUCCAAUUGACUCAAAUGAUGUCAAUUAGCCUAUCAGAAGCUUCUAAAGCCAUGACAUCAUUUUCUGGAAUUGUCCAAGCUCUUUAAAGGCACAGUCAACUUAGCGUCUGUAAACGUCUGACCCACUGGAAUUGUGAUACAGUGACUCAUUUAAAUAAUCUGUAUGUAAACAAUUGUUGGAAAAAAUGACUUGUGUCAUGCACAAAGUAGAUGUCCUAACUGACUUGCCAAAACUAUAGUUUGUUAACAAGAAAUUUAUGGAGUGGUUGAAUAACAUUUUUAAUGACUCCAACCUAAGUGUAUGUAAACUUCUGACUUCAACUGUACAUAGGCGUACAGAGGCCCAUUAUCAUCAACCAUCACUCCUGUGUUCCAAUGGCACGUUGUGUUAUCUAAUCCAAGUUUAUCAUUUUAAAAGGCUAAUUGAUCAUAGAAACCCUUUUGCAAUUAUGUUUGCACAGCCAAAAACUGUUGUCCUGCUUAAGGAAGCAAUAAAACUGGCCUUCUUUAGACUUGUUGAGUACCUGGAGCAUCAGCAUUUGUGGGUUCGAUUACAGGCUCAAAAUGGCCAGAAACAAAGGACUUUCUUUUUUUUUGAUACCGUUGGUCAAGCAUGGUGGAAGCAAUGUGAUGGUCUGGUGGUGCUUUGGUGGUGGUAAAGUGGGGGAUUUGUACAGGGUAAAAGCGAUCUUGAAGGAGGAAGGCCAUCACUCCAUUUUGCAACGCCAUGCCAUACCCUGUGGAUGGUGCUUAAUUGGAGACAAUUUCUUCCUACAACAGGACAAUGACCCAAAGCACAGCUCAAAACUAUGCAAUAACUAUUUAGGGAAGAAGCAGUCAGCUGGUAUUCUGUCAAUAAUGGAGUGGCCAGCACAGUCACUGGAUUUCAACCCUAUUGAGCUUUUGUGGGACCAGCUUGACCGUAUAGUACGUAAGAAGUGCCCAUCAAGCCAAUCCAAUUUGUGGGAGGUGUUUCAGGAAGCAUGGGGUGAAAUCUCUUCAGAUUACCUCAACAAAUUGACAACUAGAUUACCAAAGGUCUGCAAGGCUGUAAUUGCUGCAAACGGAGGACUCUUUGACGAAAGCAAAGUUUGAAGGACACUAUUAUUUCAAUUAAAAAUCAUUAUUUAUAACCUUGUCAACGUCUUGACUACAUUUCCUAUUCAUUUUGCAAUUCAUUUCAUUACUGUUUUCAUGGAAAACAAGGACUUUUCUAAGUGACCCCAAACUUUUGAACGGCAGUGCACGCUUGAAUAUUGUAUAAGGACAUGACAUGUGGGUGAGGAUAAUGAGUAUGUUGUGGUCCUACUGUGACACACAGUAUCAGAGGAUCAGAUUCCCAACAGGAGAACAAUAAGUCCCCACUUUACUUUAAAAGAGAAUCAACGGGAUCUUAAGCACUUACAAAUGUGUAAUGUAUAUUGUACGAAUUGGAAUUCAUCACAUAUCGUACGAAUUGCAGGAGGUAACAUAUCAUACAAGUGGAUGACGUUGAACACAAUUACUGAACACACUACAUUCAAAACUACUGGCUGAAAUUAUACAAAACCUUUAUCAUGCAUUUUAAGGGACACUAAAAGCUGAUCUAUUUGCUAUGUUUUUACAUUGGUAGGUACAGGAUAAUUACAGUGUGUGCACACAUUAGUACUUAGUGUGGCCUGUUUGGGCCAACUGUCAAUUUAAGUUUAUUUGCUCGUCUAAUGAUGUACGAUGUAUCUGUGUGUAUCUAUACUGUAAUAACACUGUACCAGCCAAUGUCACCACCAUGUAAAUACUGGUAUAUGUUUUUCAGCACAAUGGAACAAAUCAAGUCAGCCUUAAACCUCAAAAGCAUUAGCUCGCUUUCUACAGUAGAUGGAGCCAUUGUAUACCAUGUCAUCACAGAGCAUGACGAGUUGUCAUUUAAACCCUCUGAACUCUAGCUGGCCAUUGUUGUGGGUGUAUCACUGGGGUUACAGUACUGUCAUGAUUGUCAUGAUGGAACAUGAUUUAGACCACUCCCAAUGCCACAGCACCAGGGUUAUUAUAAUGUAGUAAAUGGGUAGCCUAGUGGUUAGAGCGUUGGACUAGUAACCGAAAGGUUGCAAGUUCAAAUCCCCGAGCUGACAAGGUACAAAUCUGUCGUUCUGCCCCUGAACAGGCAGUUAACCCACUGUUCCUAGGCUGUCAUUGAAAAUAAGAAUUUGUUCUUAACUGACUUGCCUAGUAAUAAAAAAUAACAUUAUUUUUCUCUGCUCCGUUUAGAUAGCAAUAUCCCUAUUGUACUUCAUACCAUCCAUUAUGAAUAGAUGUAUUCACUGUGUAACACAUAUCUCUGGUUUUAUUUACAUAGAUCUGAGAUUAAGGGGCCUCAUCAGUUGAUUGAUUACUUGACCAGUGAUUACAAAUAACCUACAGGCUUCCAGCUGCCCAUCUUAUUAUACCAUGUUGAUGUGAUUUCUGAGACAUUAAACACACCAGUCAUGGCAAAGAUGUACAAUUCUGAGCAUGCCUGCACAGAGUUUUGUAUGUGAAUCUGGAACCCGUUUGUGCAUAGAUGCAUGCUUUAUGGGGCAACUGGCGUAUCUUCCCGAUCCUAGCCCAAUCACUCAGGCAGACAGGUCCUGCUUGGCUGACGCUCUGCAGUGCCAAUGUGUAGCCAGUCGCAAUCCUUACUCUUCACCUACACUUACUGCACAAGCUCUAUGUGCCUGUC